UGCUAGGAAAAAGCCGGCCGCCGGGGGCGUGAGGAAGGAAGACCGGGAGGGAGCCCAACGCGGAAGUGGGGGGUGGCCGCUGGGGAGCCGACGGAGGCGGCGACCGCGACGCAAGAGACGGGAACCGGGCGCCGGGAGGUGGGAGCUCGCAGGAAAGGCAGCCGCUUCGGGAGACCUGCAUGAGGUGCAGGAGCGGCUGGGCCUCCCUUCUCCACCUCAGCGAGCACCCAGACUGAUGGCGAUGGUGAUGGCGGCUGUUCCUCGGACAGCCCCAAUGAAACUGCGCUCGGAGCGGCUUUCUUCAAAACUGAUAACCUGUGAGCAUUCAUAUUCUAGAGUGAAUGAAGCACAGCAACGCCUGAAAAGCUGCGUCUGAGUGGGCGGGGCUUGUGCACUGGUGGGGUUCACUGCAGGUACAUUCAGAAAGUGCCCAGAAGAAACUUCCUGCCAGAAAAAUUGAAAAAGCAGUAUUUAUAACACUGGAAUUUUUGGAUAAUUUCUUAAAAUGGCAGAAAAUAGUGAAAGUAAUAGUAAAAAUUUAGAUGUCAGGCCCAAAACUAGUCGGAGUAGAAGUGCUGACAGAAAGGAUGGUUACGUGUGGAGUGGAAAAAAGUUAUCUUGGUCAAAAAGGAAUGAAAAUUUUUCAGAUGCUGAAACAGUAGAUGUUAUAGAGAAAACUGAAGUUCCUUUACAGAGCCAAGAAAGAAAGCACAGCUGUUCAUCCAUCGAGUUGGAUUUAGAUCAUUCUUGUGGGCAUAGGUUUUUAGGCCGAUCUCUUAAACAGAAACUGCAAGAUGCCGUGGGGCAGUGCUUCCCAAUAAAGAACUGUAGUAGUCGGCACUCUUCGGGGCUUCCAUCUAAAAGGAAAAUCCAUAUCAGUGAACUCAUGUUAGAUAAGUGUCCUUUCCCACCUCGAUCAGAUUUAGCCUUUAGGUGGCAUUUUAUUAAACGACACACUGCUCCUAUAAACCCCAAACCAGAUGAAUUGAUAAGCACAGAUUUGUCUCCGAGUGAAUUGAGGGAUGGUCAGCUAACACAAAGAAGAAGCAUGGAAGAAGAGAUGAACUGUUUCUCACAUCCCAGUGCUCAGCCCUGUGUUAUAACCACCAACGAUGCUUCAUGUAGUGGUCCUAUGGCUGGCUCUUUGAUGAACCUGGUUUCAAAUAAUUGCAUAGAAGACAGUGAUAUGGAUUCAGAUGAUGAAAUUACAACACUUUGCACAAGUUCCAGGAAAAGAAACAAACCCAAAUGGGAAAUGGAUGAAGAAAUCCUUCAGUUGGGAACAACUCCUAAGUACCACACCCAGAUUGACUAUGUCCACUGUCUUGUACCAGAUCUCCUUCAGAUCAAUAACAAUCCAUGUUACUGGGGAGUUAUGGAUAAAUAUGCAGCUGAAGCUCUCCUAGAAGGAAAACCAGAGGGUACCUUUUUACUUCGAGACUCAGCACAGGAAGACUAUUUAUUCUCUGUUAGUUUCAGACGCUAUAGUCGUUCUCUUCAUGCAAGGAUUGAACAGUGGAAUCACAACUUUAGCUUUGAUGCACAUGAUCCUUGUGUCUUCCAUUCCCCUGAUAUUACUGGGCUCCUAGAACAUUAUAAGGACCCAAGUGCCUGUAUGUUCUUUGAACCACUUUUAUCCACUCCCUUAAUUCGGACUUUCCCUUUUCCCCUACAGCAUAUAUGCAGAACAGUUAUCUGUAACUGUACAACUUACGAUGGCAUUGAUGCCCUUCCAAUUCCUUCUUCUAUGAAAUUAUAUCUGAAGGAAUAUCACUAUAAAUCAAAAGUUAGAGUACUCAGGAUUGAUGCACCAAAACAACAAUUCUAGGUAAAGGGUAGGAACAUGGGAAUUUGAUAUCUUAUUUUUCUUAAUACUACUUUGAAUUUUUCUACAAGGGCAGUUAAGAGUCCGAAAUAAACCUCUGCCCUAAAUUUUGCUUCCAGAUCUGUUUAUUUUUCUUAUAGUACACUAAUUGUUUAAGGUUACACACUAAGGGUUAAUGGAUAUUUUUGACCAAGGUUUUUGUUUUUAUUCUGUAGGGUAUUUACUUAAUUUCUUUUUUCUUAAUUGUAAUUUGCUUAAGAACCGGAGAUAUUUGAAAAUUGUUAGACAUUGUAAACUCGGUUAAUAAUUUGUAUUUUGUUAUUUUCUUUAAAAAUAAUCCUAUGUCCUUUCCUACAUGUAAAAUACUUUGUUAACCUAUACCAUUGGCUUUCCUAUACAUAAAAUAUGGUUUCCACAUCCCCCUUUCCAGAGUUGUUUUCAAAUUCUUCAGUAAAGCUGAGUGCUGUGAUUCACAAUCCAUACUAAUGUAAUUUAUUUGUAAUUUACUAAUAGGGAUGUUAAAGGUAAAAACAUAGCUUAAAAUCUAACUCUGUGUUUUUACAGUAUUUUAAAUAUUAACUCUAAAACGGGAUUACCAAAUUUGAUUAAUCUCAUCAGUAAGAAUCAAAUGGAGCAUAACAUUUUUGGAGGUGAAUGUAUUCUUCUACAAUGUGGAAUGGUCAUUUGUUAUUCCUUUAAUAGGUCCCUCUUAAAACCUGAAACAUAAAUAUUGUUCCUUUCUCACUGGGAGCUUUAAAAAUAAUGAUAGCACUGUUAGUAACUAAGUAGUUACUAAAGUACUAAAACAGUUUUUUUACUUAUGAACUGUUGCUUCUACUUAGCUCAUUUAUAAAAACUCAGUCUGUUACUUGGGGAGAUACUAUAGUUUAUAAACAGCCACACAUUUUCAUUGGUCCCUAAAUAAGUUUUCAUAAUUUUUAAAUGAACUUGAAUAAAGAUUCAAGAAGUGAACUUAGAGCUUAGUAUUCAGAAAGCUUAAUAUUAUUUUUAAUCUUCAAGUUUCAAAUAAUUAUUCCUAUCUUCAGAAUUAACAUGUCUUUAUUGUAGCUUCAAUAAAAGGAAAAGAUUUUGAGAGCUACAUGGCUUAGGCAAUAUUGAACAGUACUAGGCAACAGGUGUAAUAUUUUAAAUAUACUAUCCCAAGAACAGGAAAGCAUUUUUAGAAACACCGUUAUCCCUAUGUAAGAUAAAUGAAGUAAUAUCCUAUCUAUCCCCUCUUUUUUAAAGAAUCAAUGAACAAUAAAUUUCCUAGACAAUUGUUUCUUCUGAUGAGCUGUUUACAUAUAGUAAUUUCUUGAUGCUAGUUUAGCUGUAAUAGGAAACUUUCUGCCUAGGUUGAAAAAAUUUUGACUCAAAUUUCCAAGUUAUAAUGUUUCUUAAAUAUCAUUGCUUUUAUGUUGAAGUAACAUUUCUAUUUCCUGAAGUUCUGCUGCUAAUAUAAAUAUAGCAUUUUUCAAUAAUAGUGUUAAAAUAAAUUUUUAGCAAUUACCGCAAAAUUAAACCAAGAAAAUCUGCUUCCAUUAUCUUCUACCAUUUUUUUUUCUCGGUGAUCUCAAGAUUGUCUUGGUUCCAGUGAAGGGUAACUAUGAGAAUAGCUCCUUUCUUAGCAGAUGAGGCUCAGGCUUUCAACACCAAUAUCAGGAUAAAUAUCUCUUCUAAAGAUGCUAUUUUCCUUUUACAAAAGAAAAGUCUCAUACUACCUCAUCUUUAUUGUGGCACUUUUGUAGUUCACUGAGAAGCUUAUCUUAUUUACUAAUAUUACACUUCCUAAAUACUUAUCUUUGGUGAAAGAAAAUUAAUAGUAUGGUAAGAUUCUACCCAUGAUUAUAAUUUUUUUUAUCAGAAUUUGAUAAUGACACUUUCUGUUUCUAUGAAACAAUUAUUUUAAAUAUUUUUCUUUAAAAAUUUUUUAUCAGUACAAAAAAACCUAAGGAAAGACAAAAACAAAUAUUCUGUUAAAAGGUAUUUUAUAAAGAAAAAUGAAGCAUAAUUAUGUUGUCUUUUAUAAUGGUAAAAAUUGGUGUUUAUAUAAAAAUCAAAAUCUAAGUAGCUUUUCAUAUAGUUGUAAUAUAUUUUCUUUGGCUUUCUCAAUUUCAAGAUAUUAAUAGCUAUUGACAUUUUCAAAAUACUGCCAUAUAUAUAGCCUCAAAGUAAAUGAUCUAAUAAAUGAGAGCAGGAAACAGACUCAUUUACUCUGAAAUGGUUUGCAUUUUUCUUUGGUAUUUGCUACAGUAAAAAGAAACCUGGAAAACCUAUACAUAUAAAAGCCUAAGCGGCCGAAUGACUGGUUGACCGGUUGCUAUGAUAUGCACUGACCACCAGGGGGCAGAUGCUCAACACAGAAGCUGCCCCUUGGUGGUGAGUGUGCUCCCACAGCCAACCUCCUGUGCCCUCCCCCCACCGCCAGUUCCCCCAUUGGUCAGGCUGAGGAACCCCACCUGUGCAUGAAUUUGUACACCAGGCCUCUAGUAGAAAUAUAAAUACUUGGGAAGGAAACUUUACCAUAAAGGAAGAUGAAAAGAGUAAUCAUAAAUUAAUUUUUAAAUUAAUUUAAGAGGUCUGAAUUUAGAAAGGGAAACCCCUUUCUCAGUGACUUUGUGAGGACAUAUUUGGAAGAGCAUCCAGUAUUCAGAAACAAACUCAUUUUAAAAUGCAAUUAUGGAAUAUGUAAGUAAAAUGAGUAAGUACUGAGAGGGACAAUGUGGAAAGACACCAAUAUAUAUAAAUUUUGUCUUAAGAGUUAUUGCCUCUUGGUGGUCAGUGUGCCCCCACGCAAACCUAAGCAGUAACUCUAAGACAUUGUGAUAAUUUGAAAAGUAAAUUCUAGAAUUGAAAAACCAUCAUGGUGGAAAUAUGUAGGGCUUACUGUUAAAAGAGAAUGAGGCUAAAAGAAACAAGAUAAAAUAUUAAACUUUAGAAUUUAGGCAUUACCUCAGGGAAAAGCCUUGACAGUGAAAGGGAACUACUUAACCUCUAAUAGCUAGUCUGGACCAUACACUUAACUGCACUUUGGGAAUCAUCCUGCACAAAUCAGGAAAUAAACUUGACUUUUCUAUUUCUCUCCAAAGCUUUUCAGGACAUUAAUUCACUCCCCUUUUUAAGCUUUAAGCUGAUUCAUACUAUAAUUCC